AUGUGGGCUGUAAUGACCGUCGCCCCCCUGACACCGAUCGCAGUUAAGGAGAGUCCAGCAUACAAUUCCUGUGAUGAUUCUAUAAAUGACGGUAUUAUGCGACAUGCUCUCUCAAAAUUAUGUGAACGCUUUCAGCUGUUGCAUGGGCCCGUGUCAACAGCAACUGAUGAAAUGGCGCUCGCCACUGUGAAGGCCAACCUUGCGACCUUUUUUAAAACAGAGUUGGCGACGCUCGACUUGAUGCGCUAUGAUCUCAUGGAUUGGUUUGAUGGCAUCUGCAAUUUUCAUAUCGAUGCUGAUACUUUUGCCAAUAUGGAGAAGCUACUGCAACAAAUUACCUACUCCUGCAAUUCUGUUAAACAGACGGCGCUGCUCUUCGAUGCCAAACUUGCCUGGUAUGUUUCCAUGCUUACCCUUUGUCCACCUCCACUACCACCGUUAGUUUAUUUGUUAGUUUGA